ACAGGUUUUUGUAAGUGAAACUUCCAGGACUGGAUUUGAGUGGCAAGAGAUGAUAACGUGAAUGGGGCUGGAUCCUGCAUUUGGGAUUUUAAACUUUUGUUCAUUAUGAACAUUUUUUUUGCAUUUCUCUUGAUUUCUUAAAAUUCUUAAAAUUGCACUGAAAUAUUUAUCUUGAUUGUUGAAGUUUUUGCUUGCUUUCAUUUUGUGAGACAAAUGAGGUGAGUCCGGUGAAAAUACCUAGGAGUCCACAGAACUCUACACUGCCCGCGCUCACGAGUGGGCCGGAUGGUUUCCCGCGGUUCCAGCUCAGAUGCCCACGAAGACUCAGGGCGCAUCCUCUCCCUGAGCGCGUGGAUGCUUCCAGUGGUCUUCUGGCGGCCCGGUGACCCCACGCCAGGUCAUCCCAGUUUCUCCCUGCCAGCCCUCUCCUCCACGCCUCCCCUAGCCGCGUCCUCCCGCUGGCUUCCGCGCCUCCGCCGGGACUCUGCACCACACAGAGUGACCCGCCCUCCGCCUGCCCCUCCCCUUCGCCUCUGUCCCGCUCCACCGCGUCCCCGCAUCGGCUCCCCGCAACGCCCCUCCCUCGCGCCUCCAGACCCCCAGGGCCGCGUACGCCACUUCAGUGCGCUCCGCCGGUCUCUGGCCUGAGAACGUGGCCGCGCGCCCCAGAGCCACACGCGGAGGUCGCGGGGGAGCGACCGGGAACCUUGCAGUGCGCAGGCGCGGGCGCCCAGUUCCGAGGCCCGUGCGCGGCACUGGCUGCCCGGCGGGGGCGCUCGGGGUGGCGCGGGUUGGGGCCGCCCCGGGGUGGGCCUUGCCGCGGCGGAGGCGGAGGCGGGCUCGGCCUGGGGGCGCCGGCCUGAUGGGGCGGGUGACAGCGGCCGGGGAGGGGCGGGCGGCGCGGCCUCCACGCCCUGCGCUCGAGCCGGAGGGGUCCUCCGGCGCGUGGCGGGACUGGCGGGUGAGAAGCUCCGGUUGGACGCGGCGCCAUGCGUGGCCCCCUAGCCUGGCCGCUGCUGCUGCUCACGCGGCGGGCCCCACCCGCCCGCGCGGGGACAUCUUCGGCCCACAAGUGGACUAUGGCCGUCCGUGCAUGGACCCCGGCAACCGGCACCUGGACAGCGUCGGCCCAUGAGUGGACCCGGGCCGCCCGCGCGUGGACCCCUGCUGCCCGCGCGUGGACAUCGUCGGCCCACGAGUGGACCCGGGCCGCCAGAGCCCCUACUCUCCUGUCAGCGCGGCCGGGAUUGCCGGGCGGCGCGGGUCUUGCGCGGGCCCCGGGGCGCUGGGCCGGGUCCCAGGGCAGCGGGCUCCAGAGCGGCCCGGCGGCGGCGGCCGGGGCUGGGACAGAGGCUGGGCGGCACCGGCCACCAGCGAGCCCCGGGGAGGACUGGCGGCUGCGCCCCGCUGUGGCCGGGCGCUCGGAAGCCCGGAAGCUGCUGGGGCUGGUGCGCCCCGAGCGCGGGAGGCUGGCAGCCGCUGUUGGGUUUCUGGCCGUGUCCAGUGUUGUUACCAUGUCUGCCCCUUUCUUCCUGGGGAAGGUCAUCGAUGUCAUCUAUGCCAGCCCCUCCAUGGACAGUAGUGCCAGUUUGACUGACCUCUGCCUGGGGCUGACCUGCGUGUUCCUGUGUGGUGCAGCUGCCAAUGCCGUCCGCGUCUACCUCAUGCAGUCUUCAGGUCAGCGCAUUGUGAACAGRCUGCGAACCUCGCUGUUCUCCUCUGUUUUGAGGCAGGAUGUUGCUUUCUUUGACAAGACUCGCACAGGAGAAUUGAUCAACCGCCUGUCCUCGGACACUGCGCUCCUGGGGCGCUCAGUGACUGAAAACCUUUCAGAYGGGCUCAGGGCUGGAGCCCAGGCCUCAGUUGGGAUUGGCAUGAUGUUUUUUGUCUCGCCUGCCCUGGCCACUUUUGUCCUGAGUGUGGUGCCUCCGAUGUCCAUCCUUGCAGUGGCUUAUGGGCGAUACCUGAGGAACCUGUCCAAAGCCACACAGGACUCUCUGGCACAAGCCACUCAGCUAGCAGAGGAGUGCAUCGGAAAUAUCAGAACCGUGAGAGCCUUUGGCAAAGAGGUGGCUGAGGUGGAGAAAUACUCCCACAGAGUGGACCACGUCAUGCAAUUGGCAAGGAAGGAGGCCUUUGCUCGGGCUGGCUUCUUUGGAGCAACAGGACUGUCUGGGAACCUGAUCGUGCUAUCUGUCCUGUACAAGGGAGGACUGCUUAUGGGCGCUGCCCACAUGACGGUGGGCGAGCUCUCUUCCUUCCUCAUGUAUGCCUUCUGGGUUGGACUGAGCAUUGGAGGUCUGAGCUCUUUCUACUCAGAGCUGAUGAAAGGCCUGGGUGCCGGUGGCCGGCUCUGGGAGCUCUUGGAGAGGCAGCCCCAGAUGCCUAUUGACGAAGGGGUCACUUUAUGUGAGAAGAGCUUCCAGGGGGCCUUGCAGUUUAAGAACGUGCACUUUGCCUACCCGGCUCGUCCAGAAGUGCCCAUAUUUCAGGAUUUCAGUCUUUCCAUCCCGGCAGGAUCUGUCACAGCUCUGGUUGGCCCAAGUGGCUCUGGCAAAUCAACUGUGGUCUCGCUCCUACUGCGACUGUAUGACCCCCUUUCUGGAGCUGUUCUUCUCGAUGGCAAUGACAUCCGCCAGCUGAACCCAGCCUGGCUGAGAUCCAAGAUUGGGACCGUCAGUCAGGAGCCAGUUUUAUUUUCUUGCUCUAUUGCUGAGAACAUCGCUUAUGGUGCGGACUGCCCUUCCUCGGUGACAGCAGAGCAGGUGGAGAGGGCUGCAGAGGCCGCCAAUGCUGCGGCCUUCAUCCGGAAGUUCCCCCGAGGCUUCCACACGGUGGUCGGGGAGAAGGGUGUGCUGCUGUCAGGUGGACAGAAACAGCGGAUUGCAAUUGCCCGCGCCCUGCUUAAGAACCCUAGAAUUCUUCUCCUGGAUGAAGCGACCAGUGCGCUGGAUGCCGAAAAUGAGCACCUUGUGCAAGAGGCUCUGGAUCGACUGAUGGAGGGAAGGACAGUGUUAGUCAUUGCCCACCGCCUGUCCACCAUCAAGAAUGCAGACGUUGUCGCUGUUCUUGACCGUGGAAAAAUCACCGAACACGGGAAGCAUGAAGAACUGCUUUCAAGACCAGACGGGAUGUACAGAAGACUAAUGAGCAAACAGAGCUUUCCCUCAGCGUGAAGAAGCAGCUCCCCAUGCACUGAGCCUGGGAGGCUUUAAAGCAAGGUGGCACUGCAGGAAAAACACAAGAGACUGAUGAAAUCCCCAAGUCACACUUCAAGAUACUUGAAAUAAGUCUAUUUUUCCAAAGUAUGUAAAAAUAUUGUUUUGAACCAUCCCUGUUAUCAAGACCUUUUAGCAGUGUGACUUUCUAAGUGUCCCCGCACCAGGCCCUUCUCCUGGUUCUGUGCUCCCCUUCAUGGUGGAGGGGAGCACAGUGUUGCCCAGCACCUUGUGCUCUUUGCCUGACCUCGAAGAUUCAAACCGUUGUGGAGAGAGCUCUUGAAAUGGAAUUAUAAACAAGGAGCAAGGACUGUGGACCAGCUUAGCACACAUUGUCACCCAGUGUCCUCUCACUGGGUAGUAGAAGUGCAACUUGGCCUUUACUGUGCCUGGAACAGGGAAGCGAAGCUGCCAGGCAGAGCAUUAGGUAGAGGAAGGGGACGUUCACGCUACCUGUGCCCUGGAGUUACUGCAAUGUGAUCCUGGGGUGCGACAUGCACGGUCUCCAACAUCCUGGCACCUGGAAUCCUGACUGGUUUGAACAUGGGAAGGAAGCGGUUCCUCCAACUGGAAAGCUUUGUGUUCUCUCUUCCCGUGUCUGUUUCUGUGAAUACUCUUGGAGCAAGGCACAAAUUGCCGGGUAUCACAAGAAAGAGGAAUGAACAUGAACUUUACAUGUCAAUUGUGUGAGGUAUGCAUUUGAAAAUUAUCUGUCAAAAGCUUAUAAUUCCCAGAGAAUCUAAAAUUUAUAGUUUUUAUAAUACUUUUGAACUUUCAUUAAUAUAGCUAAAAUCUGAAUAACAUGGCUAUCAUUUUCAGCCAUAAGAUAUUUGAAGAAAGUUUGAAAGCCCUCCUGCUCCACAGAGCCCGGAACCUUCUGUUGUGGCACUGUCCUGAGGAGGACACCAGUGGCCCCCCUUCUUGUAUUUAUGAGCAUAGUCUUGUUCACCUGAAUGUCUCAGUCGCUAAAACAAAGUAACUGCACAGACAUGUUUGCCAUGUUCUGAUUCGUGMUGGUAACUUGCUGUUGCCUCAGGAAAAACUGCUUUUUCUACAUUGAUGAUGCCAGAGCCUGAGUUGCUAUUGCUGACGUGGACUGGCCUCCCUCCAGAACCUCCUGGAAGAAGCAUCCUGUUUCAGUAGAGGCAUAGAGUGUUGUGUUU